GAUGGCGAGCCCCGGGAGGAUGCUGAGCCGCGGAGAGGUGCAGAGGGUCUGCGCGGGGGGCGGCUGCCUGGUGCUGCUCGGGCGGAGGGUCUACGACGUGAGCGGCUUCGUGGGGCUGCAUCCCGGCGGAGAGGAGCUGCUCCGGAGCAGAGCCGGGAAGGACGUCCGCAGGGACCUCCAGGGACCCCCGCACCGCCACUCCCGCAACGCCCGGCGCUGGCUGGAGCAGCACUUCCUCGGAGAGAUCAGCCCCGAAGAGAAGAGCCAGAGCCACCCAGAGACAUGGGAUACCGGAGUGACCGCUGCUGCCGCCAAAAUGAUGGAUCCGAGAUGUAAAGCCGUGGACGAAGAAACGGACCUUGUGGACUGGAGGAAGCCUUUGCUGUGGCAAGUAGGCUAUUUGGGGGAGAAGUACGACGAAUGGGUGCAUCAGCCAGUCAGCCGUCCUAUCCGCCUGUUCCACUCCGAUUUCAUCGAGUCCCUCUCCAAAACAGCAUGGUACAUGGUGUGUUUAGUUUGGAUUCCAGUGGUGCUUUAUCUCAGCUGGUAUUGCUACACAUCCCUCGCUCGGGGAGAGACGCGGCUGUUUGCUACCUUCACGACAGCUUACUCCAUCCCUGUUCACAAAUACUGGUUCCCACCGCUCUUCGUUCUGGGAAUGUGCAUCUGGUCUUUCCUGGAAUAUUUUAUCCAUCGCUUCAUCUUCCACAUGAAGCCCCCUGCUAGCAACUAUUACCUUAUCACCUUCCAUUUUAUGUUGCACGGACAGCAUCAUAAGUCUCCAUUUGAUGACUCCCGCCUGGUUUUUCCGCCGGCCCCAGCAUUCCUGGUCAUCUCCUUCUUCUAUGUUUUUGCCACCGUUGUGUUCCCUGAAGCAUUUGGGCUUUCCCUUUUCACGGGGGGCCUCUUUGGCUACGUCGUCUAUGACAUGACACACUAUUACUUACACUAUGGGUCACCAAAGAAAGGCACCUACCUGUACAGACUGAAAUCUUACCAUGUCAAGCACCAUUUUGAACAUCAGAAAGCAGGCUUUGGCAUCACCAGCACAUUCUGGGACCAUCCCUUUCAGACACUCAUCCCCAAGGAAACCUUUGAGAAAGAAGACUAGCCUCUGCCUUGCCCCUUGCCUUCUCAUUGGACUUUGGUCACUUCUGCUCUCCGCUGUGGGAUUUUGCUGAAUUGCACCAGGGUGGGGGGCUUGGAAGGGACCCCUGCGACCUGGAGAAAGGGCCCAUGUUUUGUCAUGCUGCCUUGGUCGGCCAAGGUACUUUGCGCAGGUCCUCUCUGGUGGAGGCAGCUGGACUCUGGACCUGGAAUGGAGGAGCACUGGUGGGGUUGACUUGUUGGGUUUCAUAGGAUGGGACAGAGGGGUACAACUGUGCCUUGCUGGGCUGAGGGCUGUGUGUCAAAACACCCAAAGAGCCAAGUAUAUUGAACUAAUUUUCGUGCAUAUAAGGGUUGCGCUUUUGACUGUGUGUGGCAUUGGUCUUUGUGGAAGACUCGUGUCCUGAGAUUUAAUAGGGCACACCGAUCGCUCCUGCCAGUGUCAGGAAAAGUAUUUUUGGGUGAUGGUUAAGGGUUGCAUGAUGGACUAAGGGACGCUCUAUAGAUACCAGUGAGGUAUUCAAGGUUUUUAGUCUAAGUCUGAAGUCACUACCUUCAAGUCCUUGCAAGAUACUUUCAAGUCAAGUCUCAAGUCUGGGGCCCCAACUUUUAACAUGGAGUGCGUUUCUCAGAGGGAAGAGCAAAUGCAUUAGGCAAUGGGCUUGAGGUCUGCUUGGCAGCCUGUUCUGGAUACACAUCGGAAAAUCCUUCUAAAGCUUUUCAAAAGCUUUAGAAGGAUCUUUCCAACUCAAGCCCAUUGCCUAAAACAUUUGCUGUUCCUUCCAAGAAAUGCACCCCAAAGUUUGCGGGCCGAGCUUGCCUGCUACUCAAAGUGAAUGGCACCCGCAAAUCAAUCACUAAAAUAUACUAGUCGCAAGUUGAGUCAGGAUGUCAUUUUGGCCAAGUCAAGUCCAAGUCAAUCCACUGAAAAUGUGCAUAUUGGAUGGAUAAACUGCAAGGGGGCAAAAACAACCUUCUGCUUUAGACCAAUGCAAAACGUUCCAGUAUAUCUCAAAAGCUGGCUAUCUAGAAAUCCGUAGGGAAGGUAUACUGGGAGAGUUGUUUUCAGUUCUAUUUUGAAAGCUAUGCAUUAUUAGUUUUGCAGCUCUUUUAUUUGCAAAACCUCUUUUAUUAACAUGUGCCUCAUUUGGGCCGCUUCAGGGAUUGUCAAAAGUCCCUAGAUAUCCACAGAAAAUGCAAAAUGGUGCAUUGAGUAUAAUCCAGACAGUAAUUCCACAAAGAGCAAACAGUAGCUGUCAUUCUGUGUUGGUUUACAGAAUAGAAAUUGACCUGCUAUUUAUUUUAAGAGUGGGACUGGUUCUUCUUUCUAAAUGCAAACAAACAAACAAACAAAUAAUGUACACCAAAUUUAAGCCUGCCUUAUAGCCGCAGUUCAGGGAGAAGGGCCAAGAUGGUGAGUGACGGUCUUGAUCUUAAAAGAGCUUUCCAAAGUGUGGAACCUGUUUUGGAGACAGGAUUCAUCAGUGCUUUGGAUAGCUUUAGACAAACCGAGAGCAGAUUUCUCUAACUACUGAUAUGGCUGUCAUCAUCAUCAUCAUCAUCAUCAUCAUCCACUGGUUAGAUCCACCUUUUGCCUGGGUCCACCUUACACCUCAAAGGGCAUUUUGCCCCACUGCCAGCUUGCUAUGCGGGGUUUCCAAGACACAGCCAUGCCCCAUAGCGAGCUCACUAAGUAGCCAAAGGGAACUUACUUCCUCCUCUUUUCAUCUCUGUGCAAGAAGAGCCUGGAAGAAGCUUCUGGGACUGCAUUCAAUUACAGUGUGUGUGCCUUCUUUACUAGUUGUGGUCUUUGCCAGUGAUUCUGGGAUCCAGAGGGUUGUUGUGGCCUUGCAAAAGGAGUGGAAGGAAACGGUGGCUAUCGAAAGGGAGCAGAGUCGGCACGGUGCCGCAAGACACCCACCAGGACUGGGAUGCUCUCCUGUAACAGCCUGCCAUUCCUUUUUUCCUGCUGGGAAGGAGGAGAUGCCUUCCUUCCAGGAAAAAGUCAAAAUACAGCUGGGAUGAAGAAGUCACUGGUCCCUCUUGGCACAUCCAGAAGAGGCAUUGUCCACUACUGUCCGUGCCUUGUUCUUCUCUCCUGAUUCCCCUCUUCAGUCGCUCUUUUCUUCUCCUUCCAAAGCCAAAGAAAUUGGGUUAAUCUCAGGGGUUGAUAUGGUCCCUUUGUACCAUGGACGGAACAGGGAUGAGCAAUUGUGUUUAUGUGCAUCUUCAAGUCACCUGUUGACUUAUAUGGCCGCCCCAUGAAUUUCAUGAGUUUUCAUAGGACAGGAGUCCUCAAGAGGUUGUUUCGCCAGUUCCUUCCUCUGAAAUAUAACAUGUUGCACUUGCUAUUCGUUGGCAGGCUCCCAUCCAAGUCCUAACCUGGGCUGACCCUGCUUAUCUGCCAAGUUCAGAUGGUAUCUGGUGCUUUGUAUGUGUUUGUAUGCACCUUCAAGUCAUCUGUCGACUUAUGGUGACCCCAUGAAUUUCAUAAGGUUUUCUUAGACAAGGAAUCCUCAGAUAUGGGUCUUUGAAAUAUAAGAUACAGUACCUGGUCUUCAUUGGUGGUUUCCCAUCCAAGUAUUAGCCAGGUCUGGCCCUGCUUAGCUUUUGUGAUCCGGUGCCAUCAGAGUAUUUAAGCCCUGGGCAACUAUGGCAGGACCAGUUAUUAUUGUCCCAGUGCAUUUGGGGUGGACCUCAGCACUGCAUUUUCACCCCCAAAUCACAAGCCGAAGUCCCUUCUUGGAUGUAACUUCUGGGUUUCUCCAGGAUGUUUUCAGCAGUUGGAGGUCAUGAAAUGAACUUGCUUCUCUUGAAGGCUUCUUGGAUCCUCAUCUCUUGGCAUUUUACUUCCACCAAAUCAGUCAAAGGAGGCUGACUCCAAAACCUUUGGCAAGGAUUGGAGUGUGGGGUCUUCUCCAAAUAAAUCAAUUUAGGUCUGCUCUUGUUCGGAUUACCAAGAGCCACCCCUUUCCCUAAUGUUUAAUGCCUACAUCUUUUGGAAACAGGAAUGGAAUUAUAUAAAGCCAUAGAG